AUGGAUGAAAACGCGCGUAGGAGGAGGCAGAACGAAGCGCCUAUAAACACAACUUCGAAUUCAAGAUACCCCGAUCCAAAUGCGCAGAGGAGACCGUACGGCGCAAGCACAGGCGCGUCUGACAGGUAUCGCCCCGCGUCUCUCAACACGUCCCCUACGACGGCACGAGGCAUGGGAGCAACGGGUGGGUACAGCGGCUACUAUCAGGAACAAGCCGCGGCUUUCUCGACCGCCAUGCCACAAAACACAAUGCCAUACCAAUCCGAGUAUGGGCAGGAUACGAGGCAAACAACACAGAAUUUCGGCGCCUACAACACUCCCAUGAUGUACAACGUCCCGCAAGCGGGUGCGCAAAGUGCCGUCUACGAUACGAGUCAACAGUUUCCGUCUCGGCAGCCUGCAGCAAUGCAGAUUAUGCCAACCGAUGUGGCCGCCCCCUACUUCCCGGGUGAACCAACCAACUCGGCUGCUGCGUCUGGUUUGCAAGGUCAAGGGACUUCUUCGAGCACUUCUGCAGUAUAUCAACAAAGCCCGGGAGACCAACGCGCCAUGCUUCAGAACUACCCCAGCGGAAUGGCGUCAAUGAGCGGAAUGUCACAGGCGAGCGCGCCGCAAGAGCAGCCUGUCCAACAGGAGGAAGAGGAUUACGGCCACAUGGGGCAGGCUUAUAACGAAUAUCAAUCAGCUCUGAAGGAGAUCUUCACCAAUAUUCGGAACGGUGUCCUAAUGACAGCCAGCGACUCUCUCCUCAGUGUAUCUGAUUGGCUCUUGUCAAAGGCAAAUGAGCUGGGUCUAGUUGUUGACAACCCCGAACUUCACCACGACCGCAUCAAGCUCUGGAAUGACUUUAACCAUGCAUGGCUUGGACUGUUACAAAAGCAGAAGGACAUGGUCGAAUCCGGCAUUGCCCCUCAGAGGGGCCAGACAUUGAUCACAGAAGAAAGGCUGAAUAAGAUGGGCAAGGAACUGGUUCGAAUGUGCGAUGGAAUCGAGCGCCAUGGUCUGGUGGACUACGAAUAUGGCGUGUGGGAAGAACAUAUUGUGGAGAUCCUGACAGAGUGUCUUGAUCUCUACGGCGGCAACAACAACGAUGACGCCGACACGAGCACCAAUGCUGCCGGGCCAAGCCACAGUGCUUCCCGCUAA